AUGGACCUGUUCGGAGACCUGCCGGAGCCCGAGCGCUCGCCGGCUGCCGGGAAAGAAGCUCAGAAAGGAUCUCUGCUCUUUGACGACCUCCCUCCGGCCAGCAGUACUGACUCAGGACCAGGCGGACCUUUGCUUUUUGAUGACCUCCCACCAGCCAGCAGUGGCGAGUCAGGUUCUCUUGACACCUCCAUAUCCCAGAUGGUAAAGAAUGAAGGGAAAGGAGCAAAGAGAAAACCCUCUGAAGAAGAGGAGAAUGGCAGUGAAGAGCUUGUGGAAAAGAAAGUUUGUAAAGACUCUUCAGUGAUUUUUGGUUUGAAAGGCUACGUGGCUGAGCGGAAGGGCGAGCGGGAGGAGAUGCAGGAUGCCCACGUCAUCCUGAAUGACAUCACGGAGGAGUGUAGGCCCCUAUCAUCCCUCAUUACCCGGGUUUCAUAUUUUGCCGUUUUUGAUGGACAUGGAGGAAUUCGAGCUUCAAAAUUUGCUGCACAGAAUUUACAUCAGAACUUAAUCAGGAAAUUUCCUAAAGGAGAUGUAAUCAGUGUGGAGAAAACUGUGAAGAGAUGCCUUUUGGACACUUUUAAGCAUACUGAUGAAGAGUUUCUUAAACAAGCUUCCAGUCAGAAACCUGCCUGGAAAGAUGGGUCCACUGCCACGUGUGUUCUGGCUGUAGACAACACUCUUUAUAUUGCCAACCUCGGAGAUAGUCGGGCAAUCCUGUGUCGUUAUAAUGAGGAGAGUCAAAAACAUGCAGCCUUAAGCCUCAGCAAGGAGCAUAACCCAACCCAGUAUGAAGAACGAAUGAGAAUACAGAAGGCUGGAGGAAACGUCAGGGACGGGCGUGUCUUAGGUGUGCUGGAGGUGUCCCGAUCCAUUGGGGAUGGGCAGUACAAGCGCUGCGGGGUCACUUCUGUGCCAGACAUCAGACGUUGCCAGCUGACCCCCAAUGACAGGUUCAUUUUGCUGGCCUGCGACGGCCUCUUCAAGGUCUUUACCCCAGAAGAAGCUGUGAACUUCAUCUUGUCCUGCCUCGAGGAUGAGAAGAUCCAGAGCCGGGAAGGGAAGCCUGCUGUGGAUGCACGCUACGAAGCAGCCUGCAAUAGGCUGGCCAACAAGGCAGUGCAGCGGGGUUCGGCAGACAACGUCACGGUGAUGUUGGUGCGGAUAGGGCACUGA